CCCCCCUCGGCUCCAGGGACCACCAUGACCGAGGCUGGCUGGUGGAAGCUGACCUUCCUCCGGAAAAAGAAAUCAGCUCCCAAGGUGCUGUAUGAGAUCCCCGACACCUAUGCUCAAACCGAGGGCAGCGCCGAGGCCCCGAGGCCCGAGGGCGGGGCCCCCAACGGCAACUUUAACACCCGCCUGGAGAAGAUUGUGGACAAGAACACAAAAGGCAAGCACGUCAAAGUCUCCAAUUCGGGCCGCUUCAAGGAGAAGAAGAAAGUCCGGGCCACGUUGGCAGAGAACCCCAACCUCUUUGACGACAGGGAGGGCAAAGGACAGUGAGGGGGGCCAAGGAGGACGCUGACACCUCCCUACUCCUGCCAUCAGCCGGAUCUGAGACAGGAGCUUGCCACGCCGGCCUCCUUGGCCACAGCUGACGCUGUGGGGGCAGUUGAUGCCUGCUGGCAGGAAAUGGCUGGUUCUAGGUUUGUAUUUAUGUGCCCCAGCUUUCUGGAAGGUCUGGGUUCUCCCAGCGUCCCCCCACGUCCCCCAGCACGUACAAAGGCACUCCAGUCCAAGGAUGAAAAGUCCCACCCAGGAAGGACAGCCCUCCUCAAAGUCGCGGCGCCGGCAGGGAGGUGGGCAUGGCGAGGGACGGAGAGAGGGGGCGGACAGACUUCGCCUCCUCCUGGGGCACAGGGUCAAGGGUGAGUUUCGAUUGCUGCUUCCACAACUGUUCCCUGGACCAAUUCUGAACGUGACUUUUCCUGAAGCCACAUGAUGGGGUGGUUUCCUGGAGCUGGAGGAGGCGGAGACCCUGAACUUGAGCUCACCUCCUACCACAAGAGGGAAACUUCCUGGAACUUUGCCCCCAGGUGUGUAGGGAGAGGAGGUCACUGGCACUCUGGGGGGGAGGGGUGCUGCUGCAGAAAUCCAGGUGAGGGACCCCGUGGGUUCCUGCACACCUCCUCAAAGGGACACUGCACUGGCUCAUGGGUCCAAAAUCGGGGAGCAGGU